AUGCAGGUCCCCGUGGGGUCACGGCUGUGUCAAAGGACACACAACGGGUUUCCCCAGCCGGAGGGCGGACUUCUGGGCGUCUCACGGCCCCUCCGCCACCUGGGUCCCCCCCCCUUCUCUCUGAGCCAGGGGCAGGCGCCGCUGCGCGGCCUCUGGAGGAGGCGCAUUGUGGUGGCCAGGACUCUGGCUCUGGCUUUUUGGUGCUCGAAGCUGGGGCACCUCCUGACCGGCUGCCCCUCUCCUUCCUUCCCAGAUUUGAGCUACAUCUUUGAGUAUUUUUCCCAGAGUGCUCAGAGGCUCUCCUUCUACAGCUGGUAUGGAAAUGCCAAACUCUUCCGCUUCCGGGUGCCGGAGGACACGGUCUCGCUGCACUGGCUCCUGCAGGCGUCCCGGGGGAGCGGCUCCAAUUGCGGCAGGACCCAGGUUACCAUCCACUUCCGUUACGGGGCCCCACCCGUCAUCAACCCUCUGGGCACGCAGUUUCCCGCCAACAUGAGCCUGCCCGGCUCCUACAGCCAGACCUUGACCCUGGCGGCCGCUCCGCAGAACAGUACCUUCCUCAACCUCACCAGCCCCGCGGCAGGCGACUGGUUCCUUGUGGCACACCUGCCAGAGGCCGCGGGCAAGAUCGAGGUCAAGGGCUUCUCCACACCCUGCACCUACACGUUCCAGCCCAGCCUGUCUGUGCUGCGCGCCCUGGGGGUGCCUGUCCUGGAGCCCGACGUUCCCACUUGGCAGACCAUCUCUGGGCCAUCUUGGCCACUUCACACCAAGGUCUUUGUCCCGGAAUAUAGUGCGGCACUGAAGCUGGAGCUGCGAAACUGCACGGCGAACGUUUCCGUGGCCUGCGCUCUGCGAGUCACGCUGGGUUCUGCCACGCUGCCACGGUCCUUCCAGGAGGUGCUCAACUGCACGGGGGAAGCCCCCUGCGGCCUCCUCCUGGCUUCGCCGCCGUGGCGGAAGUGGCUGCGGAUCACGGUGGAGAGUCUCAGCGGGCCUGGCAGCGGGCUCUCCUUCCAGACGGCUGCCUCCUUUGUAGCCUGCCGGCCAGGGGGAAGCAGCACCUUCCCGGCCUUCUACAGGAGUUUCAAUGGCAGCCAGGCGGUGCCGCUCCUGGUCGGCAGCCCGAAUGCCACCUGGCAGGCGGGGGCGAACACCUCUGCUCCGGGGAGCUCGUGCCUGCACAGCCAGCCGGUCAUCCGGGAGGACCUGGACGUGGUCUCGGUGGUGUUUCGGGUCCUCGGUGAGCCCAGCACCCCCGUCUGGCCUCAGCUGCCCACCCUGCUCCUCUUCAACCUGGAUUCAGGCACGGACAGCGGGGGGACACUGGUCCUCACCCUGAGGCUGAACAAGACAACCUGGAUCCCGGGGAACGCCACCGUGCUGGCCUGCUUGAGCGCCGCCUCCCCUGUGCUGAACCCGAAUGCCACGUGGGACUGCAGGACAGCUUUCUCCCGGGGCUACCCAUUGAAUGUGUCGGCGUCCUCGACAGAAGCCACGCUCAGCAUCCCCUACCCAGAGUCGGACCGCUGGUUCCUGUCCUUGCAGCUCGUCUGCCCGAAGGAUGAGUGGGAAUGCCGCAGAGUCCGAGCGCUGGUGACCGUCACCGCCUCCCUCAGCCCCUGCCUUGAAGACUGUGGGGCGUACGGGCAGUGCAGCUUCCUGAGGCGCCUCGGCUACCUCUACGCAGCAUGCAGCUGCAAGGCUGGCUGGAGCGGGUGGAGCUGCACAGACGGCUCGAAAGCCCAGUCUGCAGGCGCCCAGCUGCUGGCCGCUCUCUUGCUGACGCUCAGCAACUUGCUGUUCCUGCCGGCCAUCGCCGUGGCCCUGUACGGCUACCACUUGGUAGAGGCCUCCGUCUAUCUCUUCACCAUGUUCUUCUCCACGUUCUACCAUGCCUGCGACCAGCCUGGGGGGGCCGUGCUGUGCAUCAUGGAUUACGACACGCUGCAGUUCUGCGACUUCUUGGGCUCCGUGGUCUCCAUUUGGGUCACAAUUCUGUGCAUGGCCCAACUGAAGAAAAUGCAGAAAAAUAUCCUUGGUGUCGUGGGGACCCUCUUCAUCGCCAUGUCUCUGCAGCUGGACCGGAGAGGGGUUUGGAACAUGAUGGGACCCUGUCUCUUUGCCUUCAUUGUCAUGAUCUCCGUUUGGGUCUACCGUGGUGUGAAGCGCCAUCGCUGUUACCCGCCCUCCUGGAAGCGCUGGGCCUUCUUCCUCUUCCCUGGCAUCAGCCUGGCCCUCGUUGCCGUAGCGAUCUAUGCAUUCAUGGAAACCAACGAGAACUACUACUACACCCACAGCCUUUGGCACGUCCUCAUGGCCAGCAGCGUGGCCUUCCUCCUCCCCCCAGGGGAGAAAGCCAAGAGGUUGUGGGCAUGGUCGCGCAAGCUCCUCUGCGGCUACCAGAUCUGCAAAAACGACCAGGAAGAGCUGUAUGCGGUGACGUGA